AUGGAGGACGUCGAGUUCAACAAGUCGCAUUCCAACUCGCCGCUGCCUGAGGCUGGCAACGAUCCCAACGACCCUCUGCGCCCUGAGAUUGACGAGGAGAACUCGGUGCCAAACCCUACCAAUGCCACAACCUAUCAGGACAUGGAGGUAACGGAAGACAAGGAGGAGAUGCCCGACCAAGACGACAUCGAGGCUGGGCUGUCGGACAACGAGUCUGCGCUCUCAGAAGCACUAGACGAUGACCAGCUCGAUGAGCAGUUCGGCGACUUUGAUGCCAGCAACAUCGCUAUCGAAGAGCGCGCUAUCGACGAGGACACAGUCAAGCAGAUCGGUGUACACAAGAGGAAACGAGCUGCAGGCGAGGGCGGCGAGCCCAAGAAAAAGAAGAAGCGCGCUGACAAGCCGCGCCGCAAGAAGAACAAGGAUGGCGACGAGGAGGGAGGUGACCUAGGUGAAGGUGAAAGGAAGAGCAAGAGAUCCAAGAGGGAGGGCCGGAUACGCGGUACUAGCCCGGACGAGGAGGCAGAGGCAAAUCUCACACCCGAAGAGCGCCGAAAGCGCGCGCUCGAGCGCCAGAUGGAUGCCAUCGUCAAGAGCAGCUCGACCCGCCGCCGCAAGAAGGAUGGAAUCGACCUCGAGCAGAUGGCCGACCAAGAGAUUGAGGAAAUGCGCCGCCGUAUGGCCCAGGCAGCUGAGGCGGAUAACGAAGGCCGAAAGCGCGGCGAGCCUGCUCGUCACAAGCUAAAGCUUCUGCCAGAAGUUGUUGCCCUGCUGAACAAGAGCAAUCUCAAGGAGUCUAUCGUAGAUCCCGAGUCCAACAUCCUGGAAGCAGUACGCUUCUUCCUCGAGCCCCUCAGCGAUGGCAGUCUGCCAGCAUACGACAUCCAGAAGGAGCUCUUUGCUGCGCUGGCCAAACUACCUAUUAAUAAGGACACUCUCGUUGCGUCUGGAAUUGGCAAGGUUAUCAUGUUCUACAUUAAGAGCAAGCGCCCUGAGUUGACCAUCAAGCGACAAGCCGAGCGCCUCUUCACAGACUGGACUCGCCCGAUUCUCAGGCGCACGGACGACUACCGCAAGAAGGAGUUCGCUCAGGCAGACUUUGAUCCUACACGCAAGAUUGCGACUGGCAACUCUGCCGCCAACAGCCAGGCCGCCGCUCAAGCUGCCCAGAGGAAGAAAGCUCUGGAGGUCCCGCGCUCCUUCCAGCGUGCUCGCAUGGAGACUGGUCGUAUGACGUACACCGUUGCGCCGAGAGCCAAUAUCACAUUCAACGAAGGCAACAACGUACGAAGGGAUGUAGAUAUCAUGAAGACAGUCAAGGCAAGACAGGGCGGUGGCAGGCGGUGA